GGGGUGGUGGGGUAGCGAGCUACGAGCAUGCGGGAGUAGAAGCAUAAAGAAGCUUAUUUUAUGAAGGCUUUUGAGUGAGUCGAGUAGAAGUUUGAAGUGAUGUAACUUCUGGACUGGUUUUACAGAGCUUUUCAAAUGAGAUAAUAAUAAGAAAGUGACGCUGGUGGUGGAAUAAACUGUCUUCAGCACAACAACUUCAAGUGAUAAAUCCGAAUUGCAAGUACCAUAUAAACAAGUGUGAUGUUGAAAUGAGAUGAGGCUCCGAAAUGGAACUGUGGCCACCGUAUUAGUUUUCAUCACUUCUUUUCUCAGUUUGUCGUGGUACACUGCAUGGCAAAAUGGUAAAGAGAAGCUGAUUGCUUAUCAACGAGAAUUUCAUGCUUUGAAGGAACGUCUUCGUAUUGCUGAGCAUAGAACUCUGCAGCGUUCCUCUGAGCUAAAUGCCAUUUUGGAGCAAUUCAGACGUGCAGUAGCAGAAACAAAUGGAAGCAAAGAUGCAUUAAACAGUUUUUCAGAUGAAACACUGAAAUUGUUAAAAGAGCUAACAAGCAGAAAAUCUCUUCAAGUGCCAAAUAUCUAUUACCAUUUGCCUCAUUUGCUGAAGAAUGAAGGAAGCCUUCAACCUUCUGUGCAGAUUGGCCUGGGACGAACAGGCGUUUCAAUUGUAAUGGGAAUUCCUACUGUGAAGAGAAAAGUAAAGUCUUACCUGACAGAAACUCUUCACUCUCUCAUUGAUAAAUUGUCUCCAGAAGAGAAAUUGGAUUGUGUUAUGGUUGUCUUCAUAGGAGAGACAGAUCUUGACUACGUACACAGUGUUGUAGCAAGCCUGGAGAAAGAAUUUUCUACAGAAAUCAGUUCUGGCUUGGUGGAAAUAAUAUCCCCGCCUGCAUCUUACUAUCCUGAUUUAACAAAUUUAAAAGAGACAUUUGGAGACUCAAAAGAGAGAGUCAGAUGGCGAACAAAGCAAAACUUGGAUUAUUGUUUUCUUAUGAUGUAUGCCCAAAAAAAGGGCAUUUAUUAUAUUCAGCUUGAAGAUGACAUUGUUGUCAAGCAGAAUUACUUCAGCACGAUAAAAAAUUUUGCACUUCAGCUCUCGUCUGAAGAUUGGAUGAUUUUAGAAUUUUCUCAGCUCGGUUUCAUUGGUAAAAUGUUCCAAUCUCCAGAUAUCACUCUUAUUGUAGAGUUCAUAUUUAUGUUUUAUAAGGAGAAACCUAUUGAUUGGCUCUUAGAUCAUAUACUCUGGGUGAAAGUCUGCAACCCUGAAAAAGAUGCAAAACAUUGUGAUCGACAGAAAUCUAAUCUACGUAUUCGCUUCAGGCCUUCCCUUUUCCAACAUGUUGGUCUGCAUUCCUCCUUAGCAGGAAAGAUCCAGAAACUCACGGAUAAAGACUUCCUGAAACCAUUACUACAUAAAAUUCAUGUGAACCCACCUGCAGAAGUUUCUACAUCUUUAAAAGUCUACCAAGGACAUACUCUUGAAAAAACGUAUAUGGGGGAGGAUUUUUUCUGGGCUGUUACACCAAUUGCUGGGGAUUAUAUCCUAUUUAAAUUUGACAAACCAGUCAAUAUAGAAAGAUACUUAUUUCAUAGUGGCAACCCAGAGCAUCCAGGAGAUAUACUGCUAAAUACUACAGUAGAUGUUCUGCCUUUUAAGAAUGAAGACUUGGUAUUAAGCAAAGAAACCAAAGACAAACGUUUAGAGGAUGGUUAUUUCAGGAUAGGUAAAUUCGAAAGUGGUAUAGCAGAAGGGACAGUUGAUCCAAGUCUAAACCCUAUUUCAUCACUUCGGCUUUCAGUAAUACAAAACUCACCAGUCUGGGCAAUUCUGAAUGAGAUUCACAUUAAGAAAGUCACAACCUGAUCAGACUCUGCUUGGAAGAAAAGAGGAAAAUCUUUUCAAACUUUUCCACAUCUUUAAUAAGUCACAAAUUGGAAAUAUUGAGCAUGCACCUUAUUCCAGUUUUCUUUUAUUUUUCACUUGAACUCUACCUCUUGUGAAAUCUACUGUAGAUGAGAGAAGAUUGUAAGUAGCCUUUCUUUAUCCAACGAGAAGCUGAUGCUCCACAUUGAUAAUUCAUCUGAGAUCUAAGUUGUCCUCCGUUUUUACAUGACUGUGCCAUCUUAUGUUUGCAGAAGCCUGCUACUCUUAAUCCAUAUGUUUUGGUAGUAUAGUAAUACAGAGAAGUUGUACAUAUUCUUACAUUUCUUGAAGAUGAAAAAAUAUAAUUAAAUGCAUUUUAUGAAGGGGGGACUUUUGGAAUUCCAUUUAUUUUGUUACAAUAAAACCCUCUUAUAGAUUAUCAGGAUAUAUCUAUAUAUAAAGAUAUAUAUAUAGAGAGAGAUUAAAACAUUAAGGAUAUUUAAUUUAUUAAAAUAAUUUGAAAACUACAUAUUUUUAUGCAGUAAAAUUUUAAAUUGAUAUAGUGUUUCUAACGGAUUGUCUAGCUUAAAGUAUCUUUCUACAUUUUUCUUUGCCACUGCAAAAAUAAAAAAAAAACUUGUUUCGAUUAAACUGCCAUGGUUAAGAAAACUAAAUCAAGUUUCUAAAUUAUCUUUGUACCACAAAACCUAUAUUGCUCAAAGGCAUAAGAAUGCCUUAAUUACCACAAUUCUGAAGAACAUUAUCCUUGUGAGCUACCAUAUUCCAUUGAUUAUAAGGCAAAGCCACAUAAAAAGCAUGUUGAAGAAUCUUAAUAUUUCAGUUUAACAUAAAUUCUAAAUCUGAAAAGAUUAAGUCUAAUCUGUCACAUUUUAAAAAGAUUUCGAUACCAAACUACCCCAUUUUAAAAGCCUUGUAGACAGUUCCUAAACUUAAAUGAAUUCAUUCUCUGAAAAGAGAAGCAUUCCUUAUUUUUGUGCUGCAUAUUUUAAAUUUUGUCUCAUACCCAUUCAUUCUGUUCAGUAUUUUAAAUGAAUACAUGAAGUUUUUAUCAGGAAAAAAUAAUAGCAAUUAGACACCUGUAAUUAACUUCAUUAUAGGUCUCUUGUAAAAAGUUUUUAUUUCAGUAUUUACCUUAUGUGAAUGUUGUAGUGACUUGAUUUUUUUAAAGGGUGAGUCUUAUAUAAGUUCCAUGGGAAUCAAUGAAAAGAUUUUCUUUGAUUUUAGUAAGAUCCCGCCCAAAAUCAGUUUUCUGCCUUUUGCGCUUCAACGAAAAGAACAAUGCUUGUUUAACUGGUGAGCAGCCCAGACACCUGUGUUAGCUGUUUGUGCGGCUACAGCGCUGUUCAUAACUGUAAUGCCAUUUAACAGUUAAUUAAAAUCGAAUAGAUUUUUCAUCACAUCUCAGCAGAGAUAUGGAUAAUUAUUUUUCCCCAAUUGUACAAGGGAAUGGUGCCAAUAAUUUAAACUAUAAGUAUUUAUUAAAUUUUGUAUCAUUACUUAAUUUUUAGUUAAAUACAUGUUUCUGAACAUAACAUGCACUUUUUUGUAGCCAACUAUUGUCUUAUCUGUCCAUGAAAUUAAAGUGAUUUAUAAUAAAUUUGCCUGUACCAUUAUUAGGUGCCUUUCCUCUGAGCAGUGUCUUCUUAUGAGCUUAUUCCAUCAGCCCUGCUGUUCCUAAAGCAAUGUUCAUAUAAGAAACUUUCUAUCUGUAUAGAAACUUACUCCAAACUCAUCACAUUUUUGUGGUGCAAGUAGUGUUUUUGUUAGCGCUGUCCCAUAUUUUUAUGAAUAACUUUUUUUUCUAGUGGUCAAAUUACUGAGUUGAAACUCCUCAGUUGACAUCCAUUUCCUCCUAUUUGAUAAACUGAUUAUUUUAAAAGUAUUAAUCAAUAUUCUAUUUUGUUGGAUCUUUGCUAGCUGGAGCAAGAAAUACCCUAGGAUACUAUGACGGAUUUGCAUUUUUAUUAAAUGAAUGUGCCACAACGAUAAAAGUGAAUUUAUUAUAAAUCAUUUAGGGAGCAGAUAGGUUUUAUAGAUGAAAUUCAGACCUGAUGUAAUCAAGUAAAAGAAUGUUGAUUUCCAGAGAGUUUGUCCCUUAAAUUAGGAGAAGGUAGAGGAAAAAUUAGCUUUACUUUUUGUAGAGAAAUAUCUCUACAUACUAAUGCUUUAGACUCUAAAAUCUCAAAAAUUCUGAUUCACAAACCACUCUAAAGUGGUAUGCUUUCCUUUUUGGAGAUCUACCUAUUUAUGGUAGAAUAAGAGCAUUUCCAAUAUUGCUGGACAUUAAGCCAGUUUGUGUUUUGCAUUCCCCCAUGAUUUAUGAUUAAUAGAUACUCCAUAUAUACUUAUAUGCAGUCUAUCAAUCAGAAACAAUAGUAUCUAACAGAAGAGCUCAUCUCAAUGUCUUGGAUUUACUAUAGAUUUUAAUAUCCUUAGGAUUUUUUCCACAUUUUCAUUUUCAGUGACCUUUAAGUUCAGCCGUAAGCACUUCUGUACAGUAUUGGAGAAUAAAACCUAUUGUUGCUUUCCAGUAGAUUGAGUGGUAUUAGCUUCUUCUGUAGUUAUGUAGCUUAAGGAAAUGUAAAGCUUUUUCGAAAGAGUUGACAUAUUUUUGCAUUUCCAGACAGCUUAAUUUUCUGAUCAAGUUAAGUUUUAAAUCACCAGAUUUGAUGCCAGUUAGAGCUCUUUCUUAAAAUACUGGCUUUUUUGAACAGAUGACCUUUAGCAGGGCCCACAGCAGUUGUGAAGAGUUGGUCUAUUCAUAGCUAAAUUCUGUUUGUCUUGCUAAGCGCUGGUCUACACUAGGGAGUUAUUUCAAAAUAAGCUGGGUGUCCACACUACACCAAGCCCAUUAUUUCGAAAUAAUUAUUCUUGUUUUCCAUGAGGAAUAACUUAUUUCAAAAUAGCGGGAGUGUGGAUGCUUCACUGCUUGUAUUUCAAAAUAACUACUCCCCAGAGUCAUUCAAAGUAAUUACUUCCUAGUGCUUCGUGGGGCUCUAAAUUGAGGUAGUAUGUCCACAUUAAGGGAGCCUGCCUUGGACUAAUUUUAAGGCUGUAGUGUGGACAUGCUAUUUUGAAAUAGUUAUUGUGGGAGUUAUUUCAAAAUAAGUUAUUUUGAAGUAAUUUCCUAGUGCAGACAUGCCCUAAUAGUCUUGUUGAAGAUCUUUGUGUGAGUAAGUAAUGUAAGCAGGAUUUGGCUCCAUGUCAAAACAUCUUAGAUUACAAGUGUGCUUUUGAAAAAACAACUUAGGCUUUCUGCUCUAUUAGAGACAUAAACCUUUUAUUUGCAUUAAUUGAAAACUAUUAUUAAUAGUCAUAGGGAUAAAUGUUUUUUCUUCUCUACCCAUGGUGAUUUGGCAAAGUUCAAGGUAGGUAGUAGUAGUAAUGGACCAGAUUAGAAUUCUCAUCCCAUCAUUCCUUUUAUUUAGCCUUUUGAAAAUUUAGUCUAGAAUAUCAUGAGGGUCUCUUGUAAGAUACUGGCUAGGCUUUGACUAUGUUGAGAGAUUGUUUAGUCUUUUACUAAGACUAGACAGUUUUGUACAUUUUUCCUUCACUUUUUUCCCAGCAAGGAUAAAAUCUCUUCAGUAAUUCCUUGAUAUUUGUGUUGGAAAUAUCUGCUCCAAAAGGAGUAUAGUAUUAAUCUAUAUCUUGUGCUUCUAAUCUGUGCUUUCCUUUGAAAACAAGAAUACAAAUUCUUUCUAAUACCAUUGUUCAUGAAAUCAAGCGUGUCCUUAAGUUUUAGGUUUCUUAUUAACAAGGAUCCUUUACAAAUUGGACUAAAAUUUUUUUUAAAGUAUUGUUAUGCUCAUUCAUAUUUGCAAGUGUUAUAGUUUAAUACCAAAACGCUGUCCUACUGCUAUGCUGCUGCUUUUAGAAAUGGAAUUUGAUUGGUGUGAAUACACCAAGAAUGUCAUUAUGUAUCAUGUUUCUUAAUUUGUGUUCUUGAAUGGGUUUUUUGUGAUUUCUACUGUAAGCAUUGAGCUAGAGUUAGCUUAAUGUUGAGAACUAUGAAACUUUGUUUCAAGGGGACAGAUUUUGGUAUCUUUACAUGACAGGCAGUUAUCCUACUUCCAUUAAUUUUAUUGGUGCAGAAUCAAGUCCUAAUUGAAAAACACCAUUACUAUUAACUUUAAUGGUAGUUAGCAUAAUCAUCACUGGUGCUAAACAUUCCUAUGAUGUAAGGAAGGGUUGCUUUUUUAACAAGUGUUAAUUGGUGGCUGCCUGCAGGUCAGGAGCUCUCAUUGUGCCAGUUUGCAGCUGAUCACAACAGGAAUUCCCAGCCCCCCUAGGAUCAAAGGUAUAUUUAGUGCUUUACUUGUUGAAAUGGUACAUUUUUUCCCUGUUGAGCAGUGUUUGCUGAGAUUUCAAUAGAUAACUUGGAAUACAUUCUCUUCAAAUCUUAACAGUGGUUGAUACAGUACUGUAAAAUGAACUGCCACCAGAUUUAGGUAUUUUAAAUUAAAUGUAGUUUUUUCUUAGUUCAAAUUCUGGUAAUCAGCUAUUGAAGUCUUAUUGUAACUAGUUUACUGUUUAAUAUCUUUUGAAAUGAAAAUCUGGUGCUUGAGUUUGAUACUGAGCGCUACUUUUAGAAAAUUGCCAUCUUCAUUUUCAGGUUCUUUUUGGGGGAAGAGAGGGAGGAUGUCUGUGUGUACUCCUGCAUUGUGGAAUCUAGUACAGUCCUAAAACAUUUUCUGGCUAAACUUAAUCUGUACACUUCCCCCCCAUGUUUUCAUUAACCAAACCCACAUUAGCCGCUAUAAUAGAUUUUUAUAAAUUGGCUAGUUUUGUUUAAAACUUGCUGCUAUAUUUGAUACCCUGAUAUGGGUCAUGUCAACUGUGCCUUUCAUCAAUGUUUCUAUGUGCCACAGCUGUCCAUGUAUAUUUGAAAUAAAGGCUUUAAAAUAAA